AUGGCGCCCGUAACCGUUCCGACGCUCAAGCUUAACGAUGGCAAUGAGAUUCCCAUGCUAUCGUAUGGCUUCGGCACGGCUAAUUUCGCUGGCGCCGAGGACGACAUCAAGGACAAGACUGUCAUGGCCAUCAAGAGUGGAUAUUACCACCUUGAUUGCGCCGAAUGCAAGCCACCUAUCUCCCUUCUGUCUUGCUACAUGAAUGAAUCCGGAGUCGGCGCCGGUAUCAAGGCAUCAGGCGUCGAGCGCGAGAAGCUUUUCGUCACCACCAAGGUGGUCGGCACGAAGAACCAGGAUGUCGAUGCUGCUCUCGACACAUCACUGAAGAAGCUCGGUCUGGAUUACGUCGAUCUGUACCUUCUGCAUGUGCCAUUCUCGGCAGGCGGCCCAGAAGGAACCCAGAACAUCUGGAAGCAGUUAGAGGCCGUCCAGGAGUCCGGCAAGGCCAAGUCCAUCGGGGUGUCGAACUUCAUGCAGGAUGAUCUGGAGUUGAUCUUCAAGGUUGCCAAGAUAACCCCCGCUAUCAACCAGCUCGAGUACCAUCCAUAUCUGCAGCAUGGCGAUCUGCUCGACUUCAACCGAAAACAUGGCAUCGCCGUCGCUGUCUACUCGCCCUUGUCAGCGAUCACGGCUGCGCGACCAGGCCCGGUGGACGAGGUGUAUGCCGAGCUGGCCAAGAAGUACGGCGUCUCGGAGAGCGAUGUAGGGCUGAGAUGGUGCCUCGAUCAAAACAUUGUGACGAUCACGACAAGCUCCAGCAAGGAACGUCUUGAUGGCUACAUGAAGAACACAUUCAGUUUCAGGUUGGUGCCCCAGGAAAUCGAGCGCAUCUCCGAGCUGGGCAAGCAGAAGCACUACCAGGGGUUGGGAAUGGCGUUCAUGACCAAGUAUUAUGGCAAUUACAAAGUUGAACAGGAAGCGGCUUGA